AUGUCUCUGUUUUGGCUAUCUGUUCUGGGAGUCAUUGUCCUGUUUAUUUAUGCUGUUAUUUCUUUUGCUUUUCUUCAAAAUAAUUAUGUUGAGACAGAUGAUGCUGCCCUUUACUGUGCUAACCUUGGCCAGUGUAUGUAUUCAGUGCUGCGAUAUGGCCUGACUGAUAAUUUGGGAAUAUUGAUCCCAUUUGAAAGAGAUGGCAGUGCUCCUAAUUUUACUGCUGGGGUGUUUAUAGCACGUCUCAUUUUUGAUAUUUCAUUUUUCAUAAUUGUUACUACCAUUGGUCUCAAUAUAGUCUUUGGUAUUAUAGUGGAUACUUUCACUGAGCUGAGAGAAGAAAGAAAUAAAAUCGAAACUGAUCAGAAAAGCAAGUGCUUUAUAUGUGAUGUUCCAAGCUAUGACUUUGACAGGAGAGCUAAAGGCUUCUCUAAACAUAUUAAAAAUGAUCAUAACAUGUGGAAUUAUGUCUAUUACUCUUUGUACCUUGAUAGUAUUGACAUUGGUGACCAUAAUGCAAUUCAAAAAUAUGUCUAUGAAUUGAUGCUUGAAAAUAAUACUCGAUUCUUUCCUCAAGAGGAAGCGCGUUGUCUUAUUAAUGAAGAAGAUUCAGUUGACAAGAUUGAUGAGUUGGAGGAAAAAGUAGAGGAGAUAUUGCGAUACUUUAGAGAGAAAGAGCAUAAGAAGAGCCUCAGUGUUAAAAGGCAGGAACAAAACAAGUGGGAGGAAGAAGUUCUUAAAGGCCAAUCAAGCUCGUAUACUACUUCUUAA